UCUGUUUGGGUCUGAAGAAAAUCCAGCGACACCUAUACCUUACAGUAUUAAGAGAAUCACAGAGAGAGAGAGAGAGAGAGAGAGAGAUUAUGUCAAGAAGUUCGGUUCGCAACGGCUACAACAAGGUGGCACGUAUACUUGGAAGAACAGAAAAACAUAAAAAAAAGUUUCCGGUUUUGGAAGAUCGCCCUGUGGGACAAGAACAUGCAGAAGAAGCUGUCGAGGAACAUGAAACCAUCCAUAGCAACAUCAAGAAGCUUGUAAAGGAGUGCAAAAUCUACAGAUGGAACCCCGACCAUCCCAACAACAAGCCCCACCUGCAGUCCUACUUUGUCAACCUCUCCAACUGUGGCCCCACGGUUUUGGAUGCAUUGCAGAAGAUAAAAGCAGAGGAUGAUCCGAGCUUGAUCUACAGAAGGUCAUGCAGAGAAGGAAUAUGCGGGUCAUACGCCAUGAAUAUUGAUGGGACCAACACUGUGGCAUGCCUCAAGCCCAUUGAUGCAGAAAAAAUGAUAUUUGCAAUCGUGGUUGUACAAACGGCGUACAGUUGUUUUGAAAAAAAUGAAUUAAUAUGAGACCUACAUGAAAAAAACUAACUUUUUAA